AUGCCCUACACAUGCUCUGAGUGUGGGAAAAGCUUCAAUCAGAGCUCACACCUUAUCACACAUCGUAGAAUCCACACAGGAGAGCUGCCCUACACAUGCUCUGAGUGUGGGAAAAGCUUCAGUUGCAGCUCAAAGCUUAUCACACACCGUAGAAUCCACACUGGAGAGACGCCCUACACAUGCUCUGAGUGUGGGAAAAGCUUCAAUCAGAGCUCACACCUUAUCACACAUCGUAGAAUCCACACAGGAGAGCUGCCCUACACAUGCUCUGAGUGUGGGAAAAGCUUCAGUCGGAGAUCAACCCUUAUCAAACAUCAUAGAAUCCACACAGGAGAGAAGCCCCACACAUGCUCGGAAUGUGGGAAAAGCUUCAGUUGGAGCUCAGACCUUAUCACACAUUGUAGAAUCCACACUGGAGAGACGCCCUACGCAUGCUCUGAGUGCGGGAAACGCUUCAAUCGGAGCUCAGACCUUAUUAAACAUCGUAGAAUCCACACCGGAGAGACGCCCUACACAUGCUCUGAGUGCGGGAAAAGCUUCAAACGGAGCUCAGACCUUAUCGUACAUCAGAGAAUCCACACCGGAGAGACACCCUACACAUGCUCUGAGUGCGGGAAAAGCUUCAAUCGGAGCUCAAAUCUUAUCGUACAUCAGAGAAUCCACAGAGGAGAGAGACCCUACAUGUGCUCUGAGUGUGGGAAAGGCUUCAGUCGGAGCUCUACCCUUAUCGCACACAGGAGAAUCCACACAGGAGAGACGCCCUACACAUGCUCUGAGUGCGGGAAAAGCUUUAAAUGGCACUCAAACCUUAUCAAACAUCGUAGAAUCCACACAGGAGAGAAGCCCCACACAUGCUCGGAAUGUGGGAAAAGCUUCAGUUGCAGCUCAAACCUUAUCACACAUCGUAGAAUCCACACUGGAGAGACGCCCUACACAUGCUCUGAGUGCGGGAAAAGUUUCAAUUGGAGCUCAGACCUUAUCAAACAUCAUAGAAUCCACACUGGAGAGACGCCCUACACAUGCUCUGAGUGUGGGAAAAGCUUCAGUCAGAGCUCUACCCUUAUCGCACACAGGAGAAUCCACACCGGAGAGACGCCUUACACAUGCUCUGAGUGUGGGAAAAGCUUCAAUCGGAGCUCAAACCUUAUCGCACAUCAGAGAAUCCACAUGAGAGAGAUGCCCUACACAUGCUCUGAGUGUGGGAAAAGCUUCAAUCGGAGCUCAGACCUUAUCAAACAUCAGAGAAUCCACACUGGAGAGAAACCCUACACAUGCUCUGGAUGCGGGAAAAGCUUCAAUCGGAGCUCAACCCUUAUCGUACAUCAGAGAAUCCACACAAGAGAGACACCCUACAUGUGCUCUGAGUGUGGGAAAAGCUUCAGUCAAAACUCACACCUUAUCUCACAUCCCCUUUCUGGUCAUCAGAGAAUCCACACAGGGGAGAGGCCCUAUGAAUGCAGUGAGUGUGGGAAAACCUUCACUUACAGAUCAGCCCUUUCUCAACAUCAGAGAAUCCACACAGGGGAGAGGCCCUAUGAAUGCUGUGAGUGUGGGAAAACCUUCAAUUACAGAUCAGCCCUUUCUCAACAUCGGAGAAUCCACACAGGGGAGAGGCCCUUUUAUUGCAGUGAGUGUGGAAAAACCUUCCCUUGCAGCUCAUCCUUUUCUGUUCAUCAGAGAAUCCACACAGGGGAGAGGCCCUAUGAAUGUCAUGAGUGUGGGAAAAGCUUUAUUACCAGCUCAGACCUUUCUAAACAUCAGAGAAUCCACACAGGGAAGAGGCCCUAUGAAUGUCAUGAGUGUGGGAAAAGCUUCUCUAGCAGCUCAGCCCUUUCUCAACAUCAGAGAAUCCACACAGGGGAGAGGCCCUAUGAAUGCCGUGAGUGUGGGAAAAGCUUCAAUAGCAGCUCAGGCCUUUCUAAACAUCAGAGAAUCCACACAGGGGAGAGGCCCUUUUAUUGCAGUGAGUGUGGAAAAACCUUCACUUGCAGCUCAGCCCUUUCUAUUCAUCAGAGAAUCCACACAGGGGAGAGGCCCUAUGAAUGCCAUGAGUGUGGGAAAAGCUUCACUAGGAGCUCAGCCCUUUGUCAACAUCAGAGAAUCCACACAGGGGAGAGGCCCUAUGAAUGCCGUGAGUGUGGGAAAACCUUCAGUCGGAGUUCAGGCCUUUCUAAACAUCAGAGAAUCCACACAGGGGAGAGGCUCUUUGAUUGCAGUGAGUGUGGGAAAACCUUCACUUGCAGCUCAGCCAUUUCUGUUCAUCAGAGAAUCCACACAGGGGAGAGGCUCUUUGAUUGCAGUGAGUGUGGGAAAACCUUCACUUACAGAUCAGUCCUUUCUCAACAUCAGAGAAUCCACACAGGGGAGAGGCCCUAUGAAUGCCGUGAGUGUGGGAAAAGCUUCAUUAGCAGUUCAGGACUUUCUAAACAUCAGAGAAUCCACACAGGGGAGAGGCCCUGUUAUUGCAGUGUUUGUGGAAAACCCUUAACUUGCAGCUCAGCCUUUUCUGUUCAUCAGAGAAUCCACACAGGGGAGAGGCCCUAUGAAUGCCGUGAGUGUGGGAAAAGCUUCACUAGCAGCUCAGCCUUUUCUGUUCAUCAGAGAAUCCACACAGGGGAGAGGCCCUAUGAAUGUCAUGAGUGUGGGAAAAGCUUUAUUACCAGCUCAGACCUUUCUAAACAUCAGAGAAUCCACACAGGGAAGAGGCCCUAUGAAUGUCAUGAGUGUGGGAAAAGCUUCUCUAGCAGCUCAGGCCUUUCUAAACAUCACAAAAUCCACACCGGUGAGAGACCUUAUAAAUGCAGUGAGUGUGGGAAAACCUUCAAUCACAGCUCACACCUUCUUACCCAUCUCAGAAUCCACACAGGGGAGAGGCCCUAUGAAUGCUGUGAGUGUGGGAAAAGCUUCACUAACAGCUCAGCCCUUUCCGAACAUCAGAGAAUUCACACAGGGGAGAGGCCCUAUGAAUGCAGUGAGUGUGGGGAAAAAUUCAGGCGCAGCUCAGUCCUUAUUAGGCAUCACAGAAUCCACACAGGAGAGAGGCCCUAUGAAUGCAGUGCGUGUGGAAAAUGCUUCACUAGCAGCUCAGGCCUUUAUCAACAUCAGAGAAUCCACACAGGGGAGAGGCCCUAUGAAUGCAGUGUGUGUGGGAAAAGCUUCACUAGCAGUUCAGGCCUUUCUAAACAUCAGAGAAUCCACACAGGGGAGAGGCCCUAUGAAUGCAGUGAGUGUGGGAAAACCUUCAAUCGCAGCUCAAACCUUCUUACCCAUCAGAGAAUCCACACAGGGGAGAGGCCCUAUGAAUGCAGUGGAUGUGGAAAAUGCUUCGCUAGCAGCUCAGGCCUUUAUCAACAUCAGAGAAUCCACACAGGGGAGAGGCCCUAUGAAUGCAGUGAGUGUGGGAAAAGUGUCACUAGCAGCUCAGGCCUUACUAAACAUCAGAGAAUCCACACAGGGGAGAGGCCCUAUGAAUGCUGUGAGUGUGGGAAAAACUUCACUAGCAGCUCAAACCUUUCCGAACAUCAGAGAAUUCACACAGGGGAGAGGCCCUAUGAAUGCAGUGAGUGUGGGGAAAAAUUCAGGCGCAGCUCAGUCCUUAUUAGGCAUCGGAGAAUCCACACUGGAGAGAGGCCCUAUGAAUGCAGUGUGUGUGGAAAAUGCUUCACUAGCAGCUCAGGCCUUUAUCAACAUCAGAGAAUCUACACAGGGGAGAGGCCCUAUGAAUGCAGUGAGUGUAGAAAAUGCUUCACUGACAGCUCAGCCCUUUCUCAACAUCAGAGAAACCACACAGGGAAGAGGCCCUAUGAAUGCAGUGUGUGUGGGAAAAACUUCACUAGCAGCUCAGGCCUUUCUAAACAUCAGAAAAUCCACACGAGAAUCCACACAGGGGAGAGGCCCUUUUAUUGCAGUGAGUGUGGGAAAACCUUCACUUGCAGCUCAGCCCUUUCUAAACAUCAGAGAAUCCACACAGGGGAGAGGCAGCCCUAUGAAUGCAGUGAGUGUGGGAAAAGCUUCAUUAGCCGUUCAGGCCUUUCUAAACAUCAGAGAAUCCACACAGGGGAGAGGCCCUAUGAAUGCCGUGAGUGUGGGAAAACCUUCAGUCGCAGUUCAGGCCUUUCUAAACAUCAGAGAAUCCACACAGGGGAGAGGCUUUUUGAUUGCAGUGAGUGUGGGAAAACCUUCACUUGCAGCUCAGCCCUUUCUGUUCAUCAGAGAAUCCACACAGGGGAGAGGCCCUAUGAAUGCCGUGAGUGUGGGAAAAGCUUCAUUAGCAGUUCAGGACUUUCUAAACAUCAGAGAAUCCACACAGGGGAGAGGCCCUUUUAUUGCAGUGAGUGUGGAAAAACCUUCACUUGCAGCUCAGCCCUUUCUAUUCAUCAGAGAAUCCACACAGGGGAGAGGCCCUAUGAAUGCCGUGAGUGUGGAAAAACCUUCACUUGCAGCUCAGCCUUUUCUGUUCAUCAGAGAAUCCACACAGGGGAGAGGCCCUAUGAAUGUCAUGAGUGUGGGAAAAGCUUUAUUACCAGCUCAGACCUUAUUAGGCAUCAGAAAAUCCACACAGGGAAGAGGCCCUAUGAAUGCAGUGAGUGUGGGAAAACCUUUAUUACCAGCUCAGACCUUAUUAGGCAUCAGAGAAUCCACACAGGGAAGAGGCCCUAUGAAUGCAGUGAGUGUGGGAAAAACUUGACUAGCAGCUCAGGCCUUUCUAAACAUCACAAAAUCCACACUGGUGAGAGACCUUAUAAAUGCAGUGAGUGUGGGAAAACCUUCAAUCACAGCUCACACCUUCUUACCCAUCUCAGAAUCCAC